CCAAUUGUGAGAGUGCUCGUCCUCACACUCUUUUUUAAAUUUUACAUGCUGUCAGUUAAGAUCACUUGUUAUCCUUUUAUUUUAUUUUAAAGGGGUUGUCCAGGUUCUGAGCUGAACCUGGACAUAUCCCCAUUUUUAUCCAGGCAGGCCCUCUAAUAUGAGAAUCAAAGCAUUUUAUGCUCAGAUGCUCUCCUUGCCCUGUGCUGUAUCGCGCAGCGCAAGGACUGUUUGUGUAUAUAUAUUUUCACUGCUAAGAUGAGUGUUGCCGGUGAUGUCACCAGCACUGAUAGGCUGGCCUUAGCACUGUCCUAGCCACAGCCUAGCUUUACCCAUGGAGAGCCCGAUACAUCACCAGACCUAAAAAAAAGCCUUUGCCCUGUGCGAUUUAGUGCAGGGUAAAGGAGAGCAUGAUGCUCAUAUCAGAAGGACUGCCUGGGUUAAAAGGGGGAUUAUUCUUAGUAGAAGUUUAUAAAUGUAUUGGCAGCAAUCUGCAAUACAGGUCCAAAUGAGUAUUACCAGUUGGGUGUGUGUCCUUACACAGUCUGAUCAAGCCCAAUUGUUUUUUUCGGUGACAGAAUGUGCAGGGACACCCCCACAACUAGAAGACCUGGCCAAUCAUAAACUUUUAAUAAGAAUAAUGCAGGAAUGUAAAAACAUAAUGUCAAAAGAAGAGAUGCUUUAUAAUAGUUAUUACAUGGAGAAUGUGAGUAGUUACCAAAACAGGCAUGUCAGGAGAGGUGACUGUUCUUCUUUAAAGAACUGUACAUUACGUGAAAAUGGUGAAUAUGUUGUCUAACAAAAAUUUUGGGUUUAAAAUCUCUAAAUUUAAAAUAAAAUUCCAUUAUUACUACAAUUUGACAACUAUGAUUCUUAACAUUAUAUACAUUUAGAUAAAAAAUUAAGGGGACAACAAUACAAUUCACCAUGUUUUACUAUGCUAAACACAGACUAGAAGUCAUUGUAUGCUUUACCCAGAAAAGUGAAUCCAAAAUGUAAUUAAAAAAUGUAUAAUUUUUGGUUCAUAUUCCGAAAAUCAUCCUUGAUUUCAGUAAAGCUAAAAAGUAGUGAGCAUUUUGUGCCCAAUAGCUUGUACUAUUUCCACACGGUGGCCGUGAAAUAGUAAAACACAGGUGCAAAAAAACAAGUCAUUGGGUAAACACGUCAAGGACAGUGUGUCAUUAAUCAUACAUGAGACAGGCCAGAGGGUGUGGAUGCACCCUCUGCAAAUCAUGAACUAGAUAAACAAUCUGGACAACUUAUAUAAAGGACAACUGGAGCAAGCUAACUCUACCUGCAUCACCAUGUGGACCAUACUCAUCCUUGUGAGCAUUGCAGCUGUAUCUGCCGAACCUAAAGCCUUUCAUGGGGAGAAAGUUUUCCGAGUAUUUCCACAAGACAACAAGGAUGUAGAAGUCAUCAAAAGCUUGGCUGACAAUGCAAAACUCGACUUCUGGUCUCCAGACUCUGCUGAUCUUGUUCAACCUGGCAAAUUUGCUGACUUUCGUGCUGAAAGUCAGGUUGCUUAUGAUAUUCAGGCUCUCCUUGAACAAAGUGAAAUUCCCUUUGAAAUUCUGAUCAAUGACCUCCAGGAUACCCUGGAGAAACAGCGUGAUAGUACUACCCGUGCUGUGCACAGCUAUGAAAAGUACAACAAUCUUGAUACAAUCAAUGCUUGGUCUGCUAACAUUGCUGCUCAGUACCCAUCUCUGGUGUCCCGUUCUCAGAUUGGAACCUCAUAUGAGGGACGCCCCAUUUAUUUACUCAAGGUUGGAAGUAGUGGAACAAACAAGAAGGCUGUCUUCAUUGAUUGUGGAUUCCAUGCAAGAGAAUGGGUCUCCCCUGCUUUCUGCCAGUGGUUUGUGAAGGAAGCUGUUAGCUCUUAUGGUGUUGAUGGACAGUUUACCAGCCUCCUCAACAAUCUGAAUUUCUACGUCCUUCCAGUCCUGAAUGUUGAUGGAUAUGCGUACACCUGGUCCACAAACCGUAUGUGGAGAAAGACUCGCUCCAUUAACUCCGGUAGCACUUGCAUCGGAACUGAUCCCAACAGAAACUUUAAUGCUGGAUGGUGCACUGUUGGAGCUUCUUCAAGAGCCUGUGAUGACACAUAUUGUGGCUCUACACCUGAGUCUGAGAGGGAAACCAAAGCCCUUGCUAACUUCAUCCGUGCUAACCUUUCCUCCAUCAAGGCUUACCUGACCAUCCACUCUUAUUCCCAGAUGUUGCUCUUCCCCUACUCCUACACCUACUCUCUUGCCAAGGACCACACUGAACUGAACAAUGUUGCCAAGGGAGCAGUUGAUGCAUUGACUUCUUUAUACCGAACCAAAUACACCUAUGGUGCUGGUGGAUCCACAAUCUACCUGGCUGCUGGAGGCUCUGAUGACUGGGCUUAUGAUGUAGGCGUCAAAUUCUCUUACACAUUUGAGCUGCGUGACACUGGAAGAUAUGGCUUUGCUCUCCCAGAAACUCAGAUCAAGCCUACUUGUGAAGAAACUCUGCUGGCCGUGAAAUACAUUGCCAAUUAUGUCCAGAACAAUGCCUAGAUGAAAUGGAUUAUUCCAGUUUCAAACCAGGAAAGAAAGAUUAUCCAUUUUCUAUUUGUGUUUGUUACAAAUGUUGUAAUUUUGUACUUUCUUGGUUUUAAUUACCUAUUGGAAAAAUGAAUGUAAAUGACUGAUAAGGAAAAAUAGAAAUUAAAGGACUGU